CUGGCAAGGUGUCUGUGUGUCUGCGAGUCCAUUCAUAGAGGGUGCCGGGAGUGCCGGGAGUGCUGGGAGUCCGCUGCGGUGGCUGCUUGCCCAACUCUGUGCCAGGAAUCUCACUAGUCUGGAGACUCACAAGCCUGGCACUGCCACAUUUGCAUCUCACAGAAUUUGUUUGGACAACGGGUGGGUGAAUUCUGCAGCACCCACCCAGAGACUGGAUUCCCCCCCACUUAUCUCUCCCACAGGACAUUUGGCCUCUAUCCCUGGGUUUCUAUAGAGGAGAAUAAAGGGACUCACUGGCAGAGUCUAACGCGGGUAUAUUUGUGGGCAGAGUGUAAGAAGCAACGAGACACGUCUUCAAUCAAGAAGCCAAAAUGUUAAUGCAGUUUCCUCCUUCUGGACUUGUGCAAUAUUCUAGGAAGCUGAUGGACUAUGCUCAGCCCUCCCACUGCCAAAUCCUGGAGUUUGUUCGGAAGAACGCAGCCAAUUUCUUGUCUCUGGCAAAUCUCAUGAUGGGUCUCACAUCAGUUCUCCUCAGCCUGAAUGGGUGUCGCCAUGAGGCCUGUUGGCUCCUUCUGGUCAGUUUCAUGUUGGACUUGGCUGAUGGUGCCGUUGCCAGACAACUCAAUGCUUGUUCAGCUCUGGGUGCAAAGUUGGAUGAUUUCGCAGACUUUACAUCGUUUGGGAUAGCGACUGCACUGCUGCUCCACACUAACUGCACCGUGGGGAGGAUUCUGUUCAUCGGGUAUGUUCUGGCUGUGUUCAUCCGCCUGUGCUUCUACUCAAGUGGAAUCCCCUUCACUUACUGUGGGUUGCCCUGUCCCUACGCCUCGGCCACACUGGCUUGCGCUUCACUACUGACUGGGGCCGACCUGCUGCUCCUGAGGGCCACAGCAAUAGUCAUGAUCUUCUUCAUGGUGGACCAUGGCUUCUACCCUCAUGAUAAGAUCCUGGAGUCACAACUGUGGAAGAAGUUGGUCUUUGCUGGAGGUGUUGGUGUGAUGUUCCUCUCCUUCUCCCCCAUGGUCUGUCUCUACCACCUCAUGUGGUCCCUCUCCUACAUUCUCUUCCCAGAAUCUCUGUGGAACUGCAAAGUCUAAUGUGCCCCAAGAUAAAGGGCAACUCUCCGAACCAACAUCCCAAGCACAACGUUCAGCAGCACCCCAAAACUACAGUGCGACCCCCCCAUUCCUGUGCUGCUUUAUUCUUGGGUUCUAGGUGAGGUCUGCUAGAUGCCCUCAUGGAGCUCCAUUAGCUUUGGAUGAGGCAUGGAGAGAACUUAGGGGACCAUUACCAAGAAGAGAGUGGGGUAUCAGGGGUACCUUGGAGUAUUAAUGACGGUGUAAAAUGCUGCUCUGGGGAGAACAACAAGGUACCACCAUAGUGUGAGUGGUGUGCAGUGCCAGUCUAGGGGCAUAUGUGGGUGGUGUGCCCAGGCUGUGCCCAGUACUUUAACUAUAGAGUGCAGUUUUGGGAGUAGCAGGGGGUAUUUAUGGGGGGCAACUGUAGGAAGUAAUGGCAAGUAGACACCUUGGAGAGACGGAGUCAAUUCCAAUUGGCAGCUCCCUUUUCCCAUCACAUUGCUGAUUGGCUGCAACGUAGGCAACACAUUGGAUUUCAAUGGACAGUUCAGGAUUGAGAAAUAAAUGUAAAUGAGUUUAUUUAUUAUUACAUUGGGUCUUUGUGAAUAAAGAGAAAUAAACGGU